AAUAAGCUAUUUCAAAUACGCCAUUUUUCAAACAAACAGUUGAGUUUGGUUCGAUAGUUUUGAAGUAGUUCGAUAAUAAAAUAUACCCGAUACUGCCGAAAAAGCGAGACAAAGCGUUCGGUCCUUCGGUCGAUUAAAACAUUGGUGACAUCACUAAUUGAAUUCUCAAUUAGGCAGAAAUAAGAAAAUGACGCAAUCUUUUUUGAACUUCUUGGACUUUUCACCUCCUUUUUGAGGCUGUAAGACAAAGUUCAUGUCAUCCCCAACGAAGCAAGUCAGCAAUAGACGACUACUGCCAUUACCAAAUCACAAUGCACGUGGGAGAACUCUGACGAAAGCAAACCGAGAGAUUGAAGAACGCGAGGCCCUCAUGAAUUCAGACAAUAUCCGUACAACUAGCUUCUCUGGCCUGGAUAACAAGCAAUUGAAAAUGAUAGAAAUGAUCGAUUAUCUGAACGCAAACCCUAAAGUCUUGGAAAACUAUAUCAUGGAUUCGGUGAGCAGAGAACAACUCGAGAAAUGGUUGAUCAGAAAAAUCCAUGCCCAGGAAUCAAAUGAAAAUGGAAAUUCUUUGUCGUCUCUAUCUAGAUGGAAGUUUUGUGUUCAUACGGACAAGAAAAAGACACUGCAGCAUUUGACGCAGGAAAUUCACAAUCAUUCAAAAAAGUCAAAAGUGAUGUAUGAACUAGUCAAAUGCAUUGCAUCGGCUACGCAUGCUGACAGGUUUUCUCUUUAUCUUGUCAGCAAAAAUGAAAAGGAAAUAUAUCUUCAUGUCGAAGAUGAAAACCAAAGAACAACCCGCGUGAACGAGAGGGAAAUAACUGAAGGUUCAACAAUAUGCGCUUAUGUAGCAGCAACAUUGUCGGAGGUCUACACACAAGACAUACUUGGGGACGAGCGAUUUCCCGAUGGAACUGGAAUGGAGGAUAUUAUGGCCCAAUCAGUGAUUUGCCAACCAAUCGUACAAUCAAAUGGCAAACUUGUAGGCGUUGCUGAGUUGAUACGCGAGUUAGGAAACGCUCCAUUUGAACCAGAACACGUAGAGAUAGCUACAAGUUAUCUUGCUUGGGGAGGAAUAUCACUUCAUUAUGCUCAGAUUUAUAAGGAAAUGGAGAGGCAGAAUGAUCUUCACAACUUUCUGUUGGACGUAAUUAGAUCCUUGUUCGACAAAGAGAAUUCUGUUGAUGGUGUAAUCUCGAACGUUAUGUCAUACGCAAAGAAAUUGGUGGAGGCAGACAGAUGCGCGAUGUUCCUUAUAGACGAGAAGACGAAUCAAUUGCACGCAGACAUCUUUGAUGAAGGGAAAUGUGAUGAUAAAGGAAACGACAUCUACUUAAAAGGAAAGGAAAUAAGAUUUAGCGCAGAAAAGGGUAUCUCGGGAUACGUGGCUAAAACAGGAAAAUUGCUGAACAUCAGAGAUGCCUACUCCGACCCACGUUUCAAUCGUGAAGUCGAUAUACGAACUGGCUACACAACACAUACCAUUCUCUGCGGGCCAAUGAAGUGCAAAGACAGAGUCGUAGGAGUUGUUCAACUGAUCAAUAAACGCAAAGGAAUCUUUACGCCCGCAGAUGAGCACGCCUUCCUUUUGUUUGCUGGUUAUUGUGGUCUGGCCAUACGACAUUCACAGAUACACGGUCAUUUUUUCGUGUCGCAACAGAAACAUUUGGUUGCGUUGGACAUUCUAUCCUUUCAAGGUGUAGCGUCACAAAGCGAGAUGUCGAUAUUCCUUAGUUUUGACCAAGUUUCGAUCAUACCCGAUGAUCUAUGGAGCUUCAACUUCAACUUAUAUCAAGAUGACGACUACUUAAUGCAGCUUUCUAUCCUCAUGGCGGAAAACUUAAUGCACCAUUGUGAAAUAAGUUUCGAUAGGACCAUCUUACAACGUUUUAUAUUAACAAUCAAGAAGAACUACAGGCCACUGUCGUAUCAUAAUUGGUCACAUGGCUUUUCAGUUGCACACAUACUCUGGCUUGUCUUUAUGCAAACCGACGAUGCUUUCACGAACAACGAGAAACUAGGGAUGUUUAUUGGAGGCUUAUGUCAUGACGUGGAUCAUCGUGGGUACAGCAAUCAGUUUCUCCAUUACGUCAAAUCUCCUAUUGCACGGCUUUAUCAAACUUCUACAAUGGAACGGCAUCACUUGCAGCAUACCUUGUAUCUCUUACAGAAUGACGACUUGAACAUCUUCAAAAACAUGGAAAAAAGCCAAUACGACAAGGUGAUUGAAGCCAUCAAAAAAACAAUAUUGGACACUGAUAUCUCAACAUUUUUGGAAACUCAUAUCGAAGUCGAAAAGAUAAUACAAUCUGGAGAAUUUGACAUGAAAAAUGACCACCAUCGAUGCUUAAUAAGACAUCUGCUUAUAACAGCUGCAGAUAUUUGCACCACAGGAAAACCAUGGAAUAUCCAUAGACAAUCAGUGAAGAAACUCCUUGAUGAGUUUUAUAAACAAGGUGACAAAGAGAAACUCAUGGGACUCAAACCAAUCCCCCUUUUCGACAGAGAUAAGAGAAACGAACUGCCAAAAAUACAAGUAAAUUUCUGCUCAGCAUUGGGUUUGAAGUGUUUUGGUACAGUACAAGAAAUUCUACCUUGCACAGAGCUUAUGUUUGAAAAUGUAAAAAACAACGUGGAAGAGUGGAAACGACUGGCUGGUCUGGCAAAUGACAAUCCAAGUUCUCUAGAACUCUUAAAGGAACUGGAUAGUCACUUAAAAGACCCAAUAAACUUUCUUCAAUCACCAGACAUGUUCAUAUUGAACAGUGGAUAAUCGGCACUAACAAUAACCUCUUGUAUUCAAAAUCAUUUGUAAUUCCAUUUUAAGACAACGUAAA